CAACCCACUUCAGUCAACGACCAUCUUGCUCCGAUACCAUUAGAUUAGCCUACAUAAGUUUCUCGUCCAAACUACCACUCUAUCCCACCAUGGCUCCUCCAACUUCAAGACUAGUAGUUCCCAUAGACCCAAGGAAGAAGCCAUGGGAGCAGAAGCAACCUCUUCACAAUCGUUGGCACCCAGAAAUACCGCCGGUCGCCGAGGUUAAAACCGGUGAGGUAUUCAAGAUAGAGAUGCUAGACUGGAUAGGAGGUGCUAUUAAAGAUGAUAACUCUGCAAUGGAUGUUAAAAUCCUAGACCUCUCAACUGUGCAUUAUAUGAGUGGGCCCAUCAGGGUUGUAGAUGUAGAUGGCACUCCCGCCAAGCCAGGUGAUCUUCUAGUAGUAGAAAUAUGCAAUUUGGGUCCUCUACCAGGAGAUGAAUGGGGUUUUACAGCAAUAUUUGACAGAGAAAAUGGUGGUAGUUUUCUAACUGACCAUUUUCCUUGCGCUACCAAAGCUAUCUGGUAUUUUGAAGGAAUAUAUGCCUACUCUCCUCAUAUACCAGGGGUACGAUUUCCGGGUUUGACUCACCCCGGAAUAAUUGGAACUGCACCUUCAAUGGAACUGCUUCAGAUAUGGAAUGAAAGGGACAGAAAUCUUGAAGAAACUGGACUUCAGUCUCUCAAGUUAUGUGAGAUUCAAGAGGGCACUCCUGAAUGGGAAAAGAUUGCUAAGGUGGCUGCAAGGACAAUUCCAGGAAGAGAAAAUGGAGGAAAUUGUGACAUAAAAAAUCUCAGUAGAGGUUCAAAAAUAUACCUACCAGUAUUUGUGGAUGGAGCAAAUUUCAGCACUGGGGACAUGCAUUCUUCUCAAGGCGAUGGCGAAGUCGCAUUCUGUGGGGCAAUCGAGAUGAGUGGUUUUUUAGAGCUCAAGUAA